CGGGCAUGGCGGGCUGGUGGCCGGCGCUGCUGCGCGCGGCCCGGCGCUACCCGUGGCCCACGAACGUGCUGCUCUACGCAGCGCUCUUCUCCGCCGGCGACGCGCUGCAGCAGCGGCUGCGGGGCGGUCCGGCGGACUGGCAGCAGACGCGGCGCGUGGCCACCGUGGCCGUGACCUUCCACGCCAACUUCAACUACGUGUGGCUGCGUCUGCUGGAGCGCGCGCUGCCCGGCCGUGCGCCGCGCACCGUGCUGGCCAAGGUGCUGUGCGACCAGGCGAUCGGCGGGCCAGUGGCCGUCUCGGCCUUUUAUGCCGGUAUGAGUAUUCUCCAGGAAAAGGAUGACAUAUUUUUGGACCUGAAACAGAAAUUUUGGAAUACGUACAAGAGCGGUCUGAUGUACUGGCCUUUUGUGCAGCUGACCAACUUCGGCCUGGUUCCUGUUCACUGGAGGACAGCUUACACUGGACUCUGUGGUUUUCUGUGGGCCACCUUCCUUUGCUUUUCACAACAGAGUGGCGAUGGCACAUUCAAGUCAGCUUUUGCCUUCCUUCAUGUAAACGAGGCCAGUGUGCUUGAAAGGCCCCCCAAGAAAUGAGAAGCCAAGGACUCCCUGACAAUGACAAUUUUCUUUUUCUUUCUUUCUUCUUUUUUUUAAUGCAGUGGAUUGCUUUGCCAAUAAGAGAGUCUAUUUAUCAGUUAUGUGCUUCAUUUUGGAGAAGGACUCUUGCAUAGACUCUGUUGUUUCAUUAUCUAGGAAUACUUAAAAUUUUAUCCAAACCUUUUUUUUCUCCCAUUCUGGCCUGAAAGUCUCACUUCUCUAAUAUUUUUACUCCUCUAAUUCUUUGGUUAAUACUGGUAACAGCGACAUCAUGGCAUUUUGCAGUAAUUCUGAUUUCUAUGCUGAUAUUUUAAUGCCGGUUGAUUUAAAGAACCUGUUUUGAUCAUUUACAUUUCACAUCUAAAAUCUCAGGUUAUCCCCCCAAACACUUUUCGGUCAGCUUAACUUUUAUACCAAAAGUAGUUCUUAGAGUAAAUUUCUAUUUACAUAGAGCUCAAUCGAGAAGAUUGAAUACCGAAUUUUUUUUCUCGAAAUACUUUAUAUAAUAAUUUAUUGUGACACUGACACUUGGUUCCGUAAGUACAUUUUAUGCCCGUCAAAAAAAUAAUCGUAUCUGAUUGGCGUUUCCUGUAUGGAAUGUAUUUUGCAGAUAUCUUCUACUUUUGUAAUUUCGAAGUUAAGCACUUUUUAGUUAACAUGUUCUAGUUUUGCGCCUAUUCAGUUGACUGAAGGACCCCAUUUUCUAGACAUAGGAAAUUUACAAAAUUUCUGCCUUAAGACAUAUAUUGAGUGAAGUUUCUAAGAAAAUGAACAAUUUAUCUUCCUCCGGAAGGAAAAACUCUGUUCCUUAGAUUUACGGGGAAAAGAGCCCAAAUUUCACACUGAGGUUAUAUUUUUAAAAAUCAUUGCUAUCCAAGGUUGCCCGGGUGGCUCAGUUGUUUGGGCAUCUGAUUCUUGAUCUUGGCUCAGGUCUUGAUCGCCUGGUCAUGAGUUUGAGCCCCGAGUUGGGCCCCACGAUGGGCACAGAGCCUACUUAAAAAAAAAAAAAAAAAAUCAAUGCUUUCCAGUAAAUCUUUAUCAGUAAUCUUUAAGCUAGACAUGAGAAACUUGAUCCAGACUUUUCAGAUUCACUCAGUUUGUCUAACCUCAAAACCAGGGGUUCUAAAAAUGAUAUGACUAUCUCAAGAGGUUUCAGCAAACUUCACCUAAGAAUUGUACCAUCAUGCUACUGCUUCCAGUGGAGUAUUGUACAAAUUUUAAGAUGGGAAGCACUGAAAUGUUAAUAAUACAUUCAUCUUGUGCAUUUAUAUUUAAGAUUAAGAAUGUAUCCUUAAAUUUUUUAUGCACAUAAUUCAUAAUAUAAAUUUAUGUAGCUAAUAAGUAUAUAAUGUCUAAGUAUGUGAUUUAUUUGAAUUUAAUCGGUAUUAAAAUAUCUUACAUUAAAAAAAAAAAUCUUACAUUAUUGGGAAUAGGAAAUUUCUAGAUAGCUUCUAAAAUAAUUUGUUACCUACAUUGUUUUGAAAGUCGCUAAUGCAACAUAAAAGCUUUUUCAUAAUACCUACGACAAAUUUUGUCAGGUGCCUGGGUGGCUCAGUUGGUUAAGCGACUGCCUUCGGCUCAGGUCAUGAUCCUGGAGUCCCAGGAUCGAGUCCCACAUCGGGCUCCCUGCUCAGCAGGGAGUCUGCUUC